CUACGGUAGCUCCAACCGACGUUAAUAACCUGCCGACUUCUACCAUAUGUCGUUGCGGCUUUGCUGACGUCCCCCUUGGUGUAUUUCACUCUUUGCUCUGCCUCAUCAUAGGCAGCCAGCCUUCCUCCGUCCUGUCUUCAGCCACCGCCGAAGUGCUCUUUUACCAUCGAGAUGGCGACAAACCUGGGCGCUACCUUCGUCCCCGGCGGAGGGGAUGAUUACUACAUGCCGGAAGUAAUCGCUCCGGCACCUCAAAGGGUUAUGCCAGAAGUCCCUCAGAACAUGCAAUCAGACCUUCAACGACUAGAACAACAUUCUGCUGAUCUAGGCGCGAACGGAAACCAAACCAAAGGCAACGCUGCUUCCAGAAAGACAGGUGGCAGUGACGGUGGCAGUGCAGCAGCUCCGUCGGUGCCCCAAAUAAACGAGCCCGACGGCAUCGAGUUCAGGCCCUUCGAAGACAGCGAUAAGAAGACAUACGACAAGAUGUCUUCUCACGACGCCUACGACGCCCCCAGCUUCUCGCCCUUCCCCAAGGUCAAAGGCGAGAACAUACCAUUGAGCGACGAGGAGAAGGAAGAAAUACUAUACAAUGCGCGGUCGCACGUUUUGCACUCCAACAAUGUCUCGAUGCAGCUGUCGUGGGCCCGCGACUCGCUAGCAUGGGUUGAGAUCAUGGCCGAGUCCUGGCAACGCGAAAAUGCUGGUGCCGAGCGGCCCAGGACCCCCAAGGUCGAACAUGAGCUGAGGGAAGAUGCAAUCAACAUUGUACACUACCUGGCAGAACAAGGCCACCCGGAGGCUUUGUUUAUGCGCUCCAAAUGGCUCGAGUUUGGCAAGUUUGGCCAGCGCGCCGACAAGAAGGAGGCUUACUUGGGUUACCGCAAGGCUGCCGAGCAGGGAUGGGGCCGCGCCGAGUACCGCAUGGGAAUGUUAUACGAGAACUCCAACGACAUGGAGAAGGCAAAGAAGCACUACAGUUUGGGCAUGGAACAGCGCGACUCGGCUGCAUCUUAUCGACUCGGCAUGAUGAGCCUGCUUGGCCAACACGGGUAUCCGAAGGACUUCAAGUACGGUCUGGAGCUGAUUCAGGUCGCAGCCGACAGCGCUGACGAGGACGCGCCACAAGGCGCUUAUGUCUACGGCAUGCUCAUUUCCAAAGAUCUGCCCGAUCUCGACAUCCCGGAGAACAUACUUCCCACAAACUUGGGUCUUGCACGUCAGUACAUUGAAAAGGCGGCCUUCCUGGGAUUUGCAAAGGCGCAGUCCAAAAUGGGUCAGGCCUAUGAGCUUUGCCAGCUGGGCUGCGAUUUUAACCCCGCCUACUCAUUACACUACUACGGCCUUGCCGCGAGACAGGGGCAGCCCGAGGCAUCGCUGGGUGUCAGCCGUUGGUUCCUGUUCGGUUACGAGGGAGUCUUUAGUAAAAACGAGCAGCUUGCCUUCAAGUAUGCAAAGUCUGCAGCAGACACCGGACUGGCCACAGCCGAAUUCGCCAUGGGAUACUACCAUGAAAUUGGCAUCCACGUCCCCAAAGAUAUCCGCGAAGCCCGCAACUGGUAUGAAAAAGCUGCCGAUCAUGGCAACAAGGAUGCGGAACAGCGGCUCGAUUCGCUCCGCCAAUCCAAGACUCUGACCAAGGAAGACCACGAGACGACUACCCUUACACGAAUCAAGUCCCAGCACGGCUCUCAGCGUGGGAAAAGACCCGACAGGUUCAAGCAGAGGGACAAUGGAGCCAUGCCAACGGUGGCAGAGUCGAGGUCUGGGCCCGGCACACCCAUUGAGGGCACGAUGCCGGUCUCGGGUCGUGGGCCCAGCCCAGGCCACUCCCCUGUAGGCAACGGAUUUGAAGGCUAUGAUCCAGCCAGGGGCCGGCAGCCGGCUUUUGGUGUAAAUGUUGGCCAACCACCACGCGCAAGGUCAACCGCUCCCUAUCCCGAGGACGACAGGCCUGCACCGCUAAAUAUGUCGGCUCGGGCGAGAUCUACCGCGCCAUACCCUGAGGAUGAGCGGCAAGCCCUUUACAACAAGCUUCCAGUAUCACCGCACUAUAAUCCCGACAUCCGCGGCACAGGAGUGGGUGCGCCACUGGCAGAGCGACCCAACUCGGCCUUUGGCAUCAGGGCGGAUCCGUAUCAGACUGGUGGAUAUAGACAGUCGCAGGCUGGAGGUCCUGGCUUUGCUCCGAUACCACCAGCAGGCACUCAAGGGCGGGGACGCGUUCUGUCGACCGGUCCUGGAUGGGAUCAACAGGCGCAUGGUGGAUACCGGCAACCUAAUACCAGCCCUGCAGGAUAUGGAGCUGAUCCCUACCCCCAAGGGCCACCGCAAAUGAGCGGAGCUGGAGGCCCGUUGUCCCCGCCGAUGGGUGAUCCUUCGAGGAAUCGCCUCACCAAGCAGCCCCCUGGCCCAGGUCAGCCUUCAUACUCACCUCAGGGCUCACCUGGCUAUCCGCCUCCCAUGGCAAAUUCGGCAGUCCCUGGUCGCGACUAUGGUCCGAGAACCUCAUCCCGCCCUACUUCUGAUGCAUACGAUAUGAGGGAUAUGAGGCAGAACAUGCCUCCAGCGGCAGGCCGGCCAAUGUCAGCAAGGCCGGACCGCUAUGAUUCGCUACCGCAGCAACAAGGUGGCGGCUAUGGGGGUGGUCGGACGCCACAGCAACUCAAGGAUAGGCCGAGCCACAUGAAUCAUAUGGACCCCGGUAGACAGAGCGCACCGCCUGGCCAACAUGGCGGCGGCAGACCUAGUCCAAGCCCGAGCUCGGUCCCAAGCUUCUCCAGCGCACAGUCAGCUCCUCCCGGUAGGAAGCCUGUCGGCGGGGGCGCUGGGGAUGGUGGCGCUGCUGCUAACAAGCCGGCACCUCAAGGUCCGGCAACUUUCGAGGAAAUGGGUAUUCCUCAGGGCAAGAACGAUGGCGACUGCGUUGUAAUGUGAAAUGUGAUGGGUAUCAAGGCGCAAUAAUCAUUUGGGAAGAAAAACUUUGUGCAUAUAGAUGACAGGCAGGGUCCAACAAACAACAGGGUUUUCUUUAUUUUGGCAUUUGAUUUUCGACAAUGCGGGCAUUUGGAAAUGAGGCUGGCUUUCCACCCAGAGUAUUGCAUUGCACAUUUUGCAUGGCGAGGCCGAGGGCGAUUUUUAAAAAAAAAUCAUGCAGUUCUGGUUUCCCUUAGAUGUUUGUUUCUUUUUUCACGUCCCUAAUUCCCUUGUCGAUACCACCAUUUUGAAGCGUAAUCGCGCCGACGGAUCAUCGUUUGUUUGGCCGAAUUGAUUAAUAGGCGAUUUGUCACAAUUUCAUAAUACUCUCCCGCUAACCCCUUUGUGGAAAUGGUAUGCCAGUCUGAACAAGAAAAUGUCUUAAGUAGUGCAAUGUGUG